AUGGAAAAGAACAUCUGCUAUCGGCAACGAAGCAGAAAAGAAGUCGUCUACGACGAUUGCGUACUCGAGGAUUCCUUGUCCGAAGGUGACUUGCACAUCGAGGAGGACCCUAACUCCACCAAGGAAUUGUUGGAAAGAAGAAGGGCUUUGAGGCUUGAUCCGAAUGCAUCGCACAUUGAGCGCCCGAUCAUCUUCAUUGGUGAAGCUCCACCACGGAUUCUUCCUUCGGAAGUACAAGUCGCUCUCAAGAGCAUGAAAUCUGGCACAGCCGUCGGACCUGAUUUUAUAUCAGCAGACUUUCUUCGUGCUGGUGGCCAUCCACUUCAUAACUACCGUCCCAUAUGCUUGCUGAGCGUGUUAUACAAAGCAUUCACUAAGAUCAUCUUCACGCGCAUAUCUAGGACGUUGGUUGAAGCCCAGGCUCAAGAACAAACUGGAUUUCGUCAAGGGUUCAGCUGCUUGGACCACAUCCAGACUGUGUCGAGGGUCAUAGAGGUUUGCCGGAAAUACCGCCUGCUUCUUGUUCUCACCUUCGUCAACUAUGAGAAAGCCUUCGACAGUAUAGAAACGAAUGCAAUCCUGCCAGCACUGGUUGAUCAAGGUGUGGACGCGUCGUAUGUGAGGACAUUUGCCAACUGCUACGAUCGAUGCACCACUAGGAUACAGCUUUUCCACCGCCCCUUCACCAUACCCAUUGGAAAGGGGGUACGACCAGGAGACAUUCGCAGCCGUCAGGGAAGCUACGGACCAACUGACUGA